UUGCCAAGGGUGCAUUCGGUUUUCGUGUGAAAUAUGCUUUCAAAGUGUUUUAUUCAUUAUUAACCAAAUAAUUUCCGCUAGUACAACUGAAAUAUUCGGAGAAAACAUUUCAUUUCAUUCUCUGCGUAAAACCCUAAUGCGCGCCAAUGGGUCUGUCAUGCCCUUGUUCGGGUAUCUUCGGCAUCGGCAACUCUGGUAGCAAAAUUUAAAAGAGACGUUAAUUAGAGAAGAUACAUUAAAACGUAAAUGUGCCGGGCCAAUUAAUAGGAAUCUUCAAAUUAGAAAAUAUAGAACAGAACAUUCUGAAAUUACACCCCGAUGCUUUUAAAUAUUGAAUUAAUUAUUUCUCCUAAGAUUUAUAACUUGAUUAAACAAAGUAGAUAAUUAUUACUCAGAGUCUUAUAUGACCUUCCUCUUUAUUCUAGAAUUUUUUCGGCUCCCAAAAAAAAUAGAUUUUUUUUUUCUGAAAUAAGUUUUCCAUCUCAGUCGGUUCAUUUGACAAAUUCACUUUAAUUAAUCAAUUAGAUUUUUUUUUGGGGGCAGGUUGUGUUUAGGGAAGUUGAGUAGUUUUUGUAUAAUUUAAUCGAUUAAAUACGUUCUAUUGUGGACAGAGUUAGUUUUAACACUCACUUCUAUCGAAAUGAAGCUAAAACCGCAGAAAGAACAGGCUUUUUCUCCUAUUAAAUGGCAGCGAGAACAGAAAUUGUUGAAGUCGAUGAGAUUAGUUAAUGAUAGAAAAGCUUUACAUGUUUUAAAUAGAGAAGAAAUAAUAGCAUAUCGUUUACCGCUACAUGAGGCAAUAUUGAGGAAACUGAACAAAAAUGAAUUUUUUAAUUCUGCUGAAUAUCUGAAACAAUUGAUAGAUUUUCAAGAUGCUUAUCGAAAUGCAGCUGGCGAAGAAAGUAUUAUUUGGCAGAGACCUAGAUUAAUGUACCAACAGGAUAUUCUUGAACAUCUUUCAGAAAAAUUACAGCAAGCUGAAAGCGCACAUCUUUCAAAGCGAAUUGAUGCCGAAAUCGAUAUUUUUCUGCAUCUGGCAACUGAAUUUUGUUUUGGAUCUGAAAACUGGUGGUGGCUUGGUCAUCAACUGCUUUUUAUUGCUCUCAAAACUUGUGAAGAUUACGAUGGAGAUAGAGGCAAGAGAAAGGCUUUGUUACGGUAUAUUUUUGGGAGAUUUCUCUUUCAAAAUGCAAAAGAACCACAGAUGGCACUUGAACAUCUUAAAAUAUCUAGGAAAAUUUCUGCAGAAAUGACCUGGAAUAUUAAUGUUUUGUUUCCAGAAAACAGUACAAUAUUUUCACAGGCCUGUACUCUCAUUUACCAAAUAAGAAUGAUUCAAGCAAAAAGUAUUAUGCAAAAAGAUCCGAAAAAUACUAUAAGACUUUGUAACAAAGCUAGAAAAAGAGCAUUGGAAGGAUGCUACUAUGAGGGUGUAAUUGAGUCAUUCAUACUCAAAGGAAAUUGUGAAAUAAUGCUUUUUGAUACUGAAAAUGCUAUAACAAGCUUUAAAAAAGGAUUGAAUAUAUUGGAGAAUCAUGAAAAUGUUGAUUUAAAAUGUGAAAUUCUGAAAAAUUUAGCCAUUGCUUACUUAAGACAUGGUAUACUCAAUUGUGCUUUACAAACUUUACAUAAUUUGAAUGACUAUGCUCACCUUCAUAAUAAAAUGGCAUAUAUAGCCCAAGCUCACAAAUAUCUAGGAGAAUUUUACUUGAAAGAAGGUACUGCACGUAAUGCAACACCUUUAUUAAUGGCUGCUGUAAAAAUUUUUGGUCAAGCAGGAGAUACUGUGGAAACAGCUAAAACUAAAAAUAUGGCUGCAAUAUCUGUUGGUAUUGAACUCAUGCCUAUUUUCAUUGAUAUUAUUCGAAACAGUGAUCCAAAAUUUUCACAAAAUCAUAAGGAAGUGUUGAGGAAGCUGAUAUGUUGGAAAGAUUUGAGAGAGAGUUUUUGGACUCAAUGUCAAGUGUCUGAAUUUUCAACAGUUUCGGCACAUACCAUGGAGAAUUUUACUCUUCUUUCAGCCACAGAUAUAAAUGAGUUGCCAGAAACAGAUGAAUGUGCUGAAGAACUUCUGGGGAUAACUGGGUUAGAUACAGGGUACUCCGGACAUUAUAGCAAUAAGAGCAUAUCUAAUAUGACGGAUGUAAUAUCAAUAUCUGGUGUUCAACAAAGCGGAAAUACCAUAAUGGCUCCAGGAACUGCAAACGACUAUACAGAAACAAAUUUUACGAGUGAUAGAGAUCUUUCCUCUCUCAGUACUUAUGUCACAAAUAUCAAGGAAACUAAGAGUAAGAGUAAUCAAUAUAAUGAAGACCUCGGGUAAUUGUACUAAAAUCGAAAAUAAAUAUUUGUCAAAAA